GGACAGUGCAUCGAUAAACACGUUGUCAUUAUUGUUGUUGUUUUUUUUUGUUUGUUUGUUUGUUUUUUAAAUUACACAUAGGCCUACAUCACAAAAAUAUAGUUCGUUUUUAGUUUAAUACAAUUUGUUUUGCGCGAGACGAACUUCUAACAGAACAGCACUGAUAGAAUUUCUUAAAAAAAAAAAAAAAAAAAUUAAAUAAAUUCUCCAUGAUGAAAAUUUCCCUCAAAUCGGUCGCUUUAGUUGUAGUUUAGUUUAGCGUGUACACACCUACAUGUCAGUCAGUGGAGCUCGAACAUGCUAUUCGCUGAGGGGCGCGGAGGAGGCGUGGCCAAUCUACCCAGAGACAGAUGUGUGCGCUCCUCUGGAGUGAGAGCAGUGCAGAGCAGAGAUCAGUCCUCCAACAGAGCCUGAUCUACUGAUCUACAGCCUGCGCCUCACACAAGUCCAUAUGCAUGGGAAAAUGCGCCUGUGCUGGGAUGCUGUGAAAUCUAACGCACUGCACAUGGAUUCAGCAUAUCAGAAAGCAUAAAAGAAAUAAUUGGAUUUAUCCACAGUUGGACGUUUCAGAUUGGACCAUCUGUUAUUCAUAUUCCACUCUGGAAGAUGGAUAGAUUUCUGCAUGUUACUAGUCGCUGAGACUGGACUUAAGAAGGACUGCUGAACUGACCAGAGAUUGAUUUUUGGAUCUUUUGGUUGUGGAUGUAACAGGAGCACAGUUAUUUCAUCAGUCCCUCUGCAGGCUUAAUCAUGACCUCUCUAACAGGGAAUAAAGACAGAUCUGGGACCAGGAGUAGAAAAUAUGGGAUGACUGAUUCAUCCCCUACGAAGUCAGCAUCAUUCUCACCUGAAACCUGGUACCGAAAGGCUUAUGAGGAGUCCCGGAGCGCCAGCCGCCCGGUCCCUGAAGGUGCCGGCUCCAUGCCCGGGUCCUCUGGAACCCCUUCCCCCGGAUCAGGAAUAUCAUCCCCGGGCUCUUUCUCCGGCUCACCUGUUACGGUUUCUCCUGGAAUCAGUACCGGUUCGCCCGGUUCCUUAGGCGGAUCUCCAGGGUUCGGCACUGGUUCUCCAGCCUCAGGUAGCGGGAGCUCACCUGGUUCUGAUCGGGGGAUUUGGUGCGAGAACUGCAACGCUCGGCUGGUGGAGCUGAAGAGGCAGGCAUUAAAACUACUAAUUCCCGGACCCUACUCUAGCAAGGAUCCCUCCUUCUCCCUGCUUCUCCAUGAUAAGCUGCAGGUGCCCAACAGCACACGCAAAGCGUGGAAUGAGCGUGACGGUCGCUGUGACGUGUGUGCCACCCACCUGAGUCAGCUGAAGCAAGAGGCCGUCCACAUGGUGCUGAGCCUAGAGCAGUGUGAUGUAUCUCCUGGCUCCCCUCCAUCCCUGGCCUCCCUGGUGGGUUCCCGCAGCAUCCUCCAGGGUCCCACACCACCUCGUGACUGGGCAUACCUUCCCACAGGCUACCAUUCCUCAGCCUCCUCCACCUCUGCUACUGUUUCUGCCACCACAUCCAGUUCUACCCCAACAACCACCAAUGCGAGCAACAGCGGCAGCUCCCACCACCCAGCCUACCCCAAACACGGAUCCAAACCCAACAGUCUGGGGGUGAGCAGUGGGGUGGAGAAGAAGAACAAUUCCCCUGGCCAUGCAGGAAAGUCCACUGGACCGCAACAGCCUCAUCUCCCCAGCAGCCCCAACAAUGCUAAUGGAACUGUGUUGGGUUCUGUCGCACUCCAAGCUCACCAAUACCUGGAAGGCACCUGGACAUCUGGGCACCUGUCAAGAGCCAACGGCGUCACACUCUAUCCUUAUCAGAUCUCUCAAAUGGUGUCGGAGGGCUACCGAGAGGGUCUUAACGAAGCCGCGCUCAACCGCUACAAUGCCGACCGACCGACUGCAUACAGCAAUCCUGCUGCUCCACCUCCUGCCCCAGUAACCACAGCACCCUCCAGUGGCACCUCCGCUGCUGCGUCCUUCUUUGCCAGGGCUGCCCAGAAAUUGAAUCUGUCUUCCAAGAAGAAGAAGCAGCGCCCUGCGCCCCCUGUGGCAUGUGAUCCACCCCUCUUUCCCACCAACUUCAGUGGCAUCCUGCAGGUGUCUCCACCUCCCGCUCCGCCCUGCCUCUUACGGGCAGUCAACAAAGUCAAAGACACUCCUGGCAUGGGCAAGGUGAAAGUGAUGGUACGCGUAUGUCCUUCAUCGCCCACCAGCGAGGCAGAGUCCAGCUCUUUCCUGAAGGUCGAUUCUCGUAAGAAGCAAGUGACCAUCAUGGACCCAGCGGCUAAUUCUCAGCAGAAUCAAACUCAGAAACGCGGCACCUCCAACCAGGCUCCUCCAAAGAUGUUUGCAUUUGAUGCAGCCUUCUCACAUGAUGCCUCUCAGGCAGAGGUUUGUGCAGGAACUGUGGCUGAAGUCAUCCAGUCUGUAGUUAAUGGAGCAGAUGGCUGUGUGUUUUGCUUUGGACACUCCAAACUAGGCAAAUCCUACACUAUGAUUGGCAAGGACGAUUCCAUGCAGAGUUUCGGGAUCAUCCCGUGUGCCAUCUCCUGGCUAUUCAAAUUGAUCAACGAGUGCAAGGAAAAGACAGGCGCACGUUUCUCCGUACGAGUGUCGGCUGUGGAGGUCUGGGGAAAAGACGAGAACCUGAAAGAUCUGUUGUCAGAGGUGGCGACAGGUAGUCUGCAGGACGGCCAGUCUCCAGGAGUCUACCUCUGCGAGGACCCCAUCUGCGGGAUGCAGUUACAGAAUCAGAGUGAGUUGCGCGCUCCUACGGCUGAGAAGGCCGCUUUCUUCUUGGAUGCUGCCAUUGCUUCGCGCUACAGCAGUAAGCCAGACUAUGAUGAAGAGGAGCACCGUAACUCUCACAUGCUCUUCACCCUACACAUCUAUCAGUAUCGAAUGGAAAAGACCGGCAAGGGUGGAAUGUCGGGAGGCAGAAGCCGACUGCAUCUCAUUGACCUGGGCAGCUGUGUGAAGGUUUUGAGCAAGACCCGUGACAGCACUACAGGACUCUGCCUCUCUCUAUCCGCCCUGGGGAACGUCAUAUUAGCCUUGGUCAAUGGCAGCAAGCACAUCCCUUACAAAGAUAGUAAGCUAACCAUGCUAUUACGAGAGUCCCUGGGAAACAUGAAUUGUCGCACCACCAUGAUAGCCCACAUUUCCUCGUCACCCAACAACUUCUCAGAGACACUUUCCACCCUUCAAAUUGCUUCUCGUGUUCUUAGGCUGAAGAAGAAGAAGGCUAAAGUAAGCGUGCAAUACACAUCCAGUUCCUCUGGUGGUGAGAGCUCAUGUGAGGAAGGAAGAAUGCGUCGCCCAACACAGCUGAGAACCAUCCAUUCUAGAAAUGUGGUUGAUUCAGACAUGCCUCUGCUACACCUCUCCAGUGACCCUGAAGACUAUUCCAGCAGCGAGCAGUCAUGUGACACAGUUAUCUACGUGGGGCCAAAUGGCUCAGCUCUUUCUGACAAAGAGCUAACAGACAAUGAAGGUCCUCCAGAGUUUGUUCCUAUCAUCCCAUCCCUACAUAAAAAUAAAGCAGAUCUUGGCAAGGAUCUUUUGACAUCACAACCAUCUCAACAGGCUGUAGCCCCACUUGCUCAGGCCUCACAGUCUGUCCAACCUUUGCAGACCAUUCAUCCUCAGCCACUUCCAACUUUGCCAGAGGAAGGUGCAGAGUCGGGUAAGAAGGAGAAGGACUGUCUUAAGUGUAACACUUUUGCGGAGCUACAAGAGAGGCUGGAGUGUAUUGAUGGAAGAGAAGAGGUUACGAAAUUCCCUUUUGAAGAAGUCCCUGCCAACAAAGCUGCCAAAUUUGAGUCUGGCCAUGGUCAAGUCAUUAAAGGGAGUCAUCAAUCCAGUUCUCCCAAGAGGAUCUCUGACCAGCAAUUGGAGGAGAUCCGUGAGGUGGUUGAAGAAGCAGAGAUUGCUCAGUCAAUAAUUGAAAGCCUGACACAGUGUUCAGCAGGCAGUUGUGGACUCUCCAGCAGCAGAAGUGUGACUGGUAGCAAUGGUAUUGGGCAACUAACCCCUCUUCAGAGAGCCAAGAGCUCUAGUUUACAUGACAGCAAAGAAUCCAUCAGUGGUGGGAGCAGCAGUGAGAGUAAGCCUCGUCCUAUGGGUUCCCCUCGGUUGGGCAUUGCCAGUCUUACUAAAACUUCAGAGUACAAACCACCAUCCUCUCCCUCUCAACGCUGCAAAGUGUACACCCAGAAAGGAGUUAUGCCUGGUACACCACCUCACUCCUCACAGAAUCUUAAUUUAGACUCUAGAAAAUCAUCUACAGAAUCUUUGCUUAAUCCAGAGUCUAGAACCUCUCCGUUGGGGAUGAGCCCACAGGUCCUAAAGAGAUCUUCAUCCUCCAAUAGCCUCGGAUCAGCUGAGACACUGUGUGACGAUGUUCCCCAGCUGCCUUUGGACAAUAAGAAAGACACCACAACCACAGUUAUGCUGGAGCAUCCUUUGGAACCCAAUGGAGAGGAUGAGCUGGUGUUCACCCUAGUAGAAAAGCUGACAAUCAGUGGAGUGAUGGAAAAUGGAAGACCAACCAGUAUUAUCAGCUUUAACAGUGACUGUUCAGUGCAGGCCAUGGCAUCUGGUUCAAGGCCUGUUAGUAUCAUUAGCAGCAUAAGUGAAGACCUAGAACAUUACGCCACUGCUCCCUGCACUACCAAUGCCACUAUUUCACAAGUCAACAUUGCUAAAUUCUUGCCUCUCAGCAGGAUAGAAGGGGAUGUCCAGGCUAGUCGUCGUUCCUCAAUCAGCUCAUGGCUGAGUGAAAUGAGUGCUGGCAGUGAUGGCGACCAGUCAUGUCAUAGCUUUGUUGCUCAACAGUGCUUUGGACAAGGUGAGGCAUUAGCCGAAGACAGGCUUUUGGAAAUUCAAGAAGAAGGUGACAUUGAUCUUCUCCCUGAGUCAAAUGGCCAAAAGAACUCAGACAAAGAAAGUGAUUCCAAUACAGCUGAAGCGAUUGACGAAAACACAACUACAAAACACAAACUAGACAGACUGCCCUCAACCUUAGGUGGCUAUGUUCCUUUUAAGACCAAUAUCACAACUCACCCAUGUGCUGCUGUUAAGCCAAUAGUUGUGCAGGACUUGCUUACCAAAACCCUUCCAGCCAAUGAUCCCAAAUCCCCACCUGUUCCAAUCUCAAGUGAGAUAAAUUUUGAUGACCCAUGGUUGAAAAGAGAGGGCAAUGAAGAGACCGAGCCUUUGAACAUGGUCUGUGAUGUCAAAUCAGAAAAGAGAACAUCUGAAUCUGUGAAAAGGAAAUGUCAAGUCGACAAGCACAGCUCGAGUAGUGAAGCCUCAUGUUCCCCUGAUUCCAUGAACCGGGUGGUGGAUGGCUGCGAGAUGGUCUUCAAUGCCUCCGAAAGCAUAACUCAAGUGUACUCUGCAGACAUCCUCAGGACAGGUAGUCUCCCUCGUGCAUGGCAUCGCUUGAAUAAGCAGGAUGAUCUGGAAGACCUUACAUACCGGUACAUGAGUGGAGAGUAUAAAAGCCUUGGGGUUACUACCUCCACUCCCUGCAGUCCAAGAGCCACACUCGAAAGAAGAAGCUCCGUUGGGAGGCAAGGUAUCUUUGCUCGUCAGAAAGGAAUCCCGCCAUUGCCACCUGUAAGGAAGUCUAGCCUUGACCAGAGGAAUCGAGCAAGCCCACAGCAUAAUCCAGGAAACGCUCAGACCCCAAACCCGCAUCUAUCUUUCCUUGGUAGCACACCUGAAGACAUGGGUGGUAAACAUAAAGGACCAAAUGUAGAGAGCAGCAGACUUUUCAGUGCCAAACUUGAGCAGUUAGCAAACAGAACAAAUUCCUUAGGGAGGUCCCAUGGGGCACAUUAUGACUGUCUUUCUUUGGAGAGAGCUGAGAGUUUGACCUCUCUGGGCUCUAAAGGAGGAGUCACAAAAGACAGUACAAUGCCAAGGACAGGUAGGAGCAUCACCCGUGGUUUGCUCUCAUCACCCACCAAUGGACCAAAUGGCAACAACAAUGUACCGCAGUCACCCAAAGCAAGUCAAUCUAAAAUCUCCGCAGUUAGCAAACUCCUUAUGGCAAGCCCUAAAGCUCGAAGCUUAUCAACCUCUAGCACUAAAACCCUAAGUUUCUCCACCAAGUCCCUUCCACAGUCAGUAAACCGGAGCUCAAGUUUGCCCCCCAAUGGAAAGAACCAGAACCAAAAUUCAUGGUCAACCCAGUCCCUAAGUCGCAACAAGGGGACAGGGUUAGUAUCUAAGCUACCUUUAAGAGCAGUGAAUGGACGAAUCUCAGAGAUUCUACAAGGUAGCGCCAGCUCUCGCACUACCCAAGGUAGAGGAGCUUCAGACACUGAAGAGAGAGGAGCAGCAGUCCAAGGAGAGGAAAGGCCAGUGGUCCAUACUUUACCCUCACCUUACAGUAAGAUCACUGCCCCAAGAAGGCCUCACCGUUGCAGUAGCGGGCACGCUAGUGACAACAGCAGUGUGCUAAGCGGAGAGCUCCCUCCCGCCAUGGGAAAGACUGCUUUGUUUUACCACAGUGGUGGCAGCAGUGGCUAUGAGAGUAUGAUACGAGACAGUGAGGCCACAGGAAGCACAUCAUCUGCUCAGGAUUCGAUGAGUGAGAACAGCAGUUCUGUCAGUGGUCGCAGGAGCCUAAAGAAUUCAAAGAAAAGAAGUAAUACAGGGUCCCAGAGACGCCGCCUAAUCCCUAACCUCACCUUGGACACCUCCUCUCCCGUGAGAAAGCCGGUCAUCAGUCCAGGGGUACGCUGGGUGGACGGUCCCCUCCGGCCCACACAGAGGGGUUUAGCUGAACCAUUUGAGAUUAAGGUGUAUGAGAUUGAUGAUGUUGAACGUUUACAGAGGAGGCGAACCAUAGGCAAUAAGGAAGUGGUAUACUUUAGUGCCAAACUGAAGAUCUUGGAGCAUCGGCAACAGAGAAUCUCAGAGGUGCGGGCCAAGUACGAUUGGCUGAAAAAAGAACUGGAGCAAACCAAACAACAUCUGAUGCUGGAGCCAGAGAAAUGGACCACUGAAUUUGACCUUCAGCAGACAUUUGAAGUGGACUCUCUGGAGUACUUGGAAGCUCUGGAGUUUGUCACGGAACGACUGGAGAACCGGGUCAACUUCUGCAAAGCUCAUCUGAUGAUGAUCACAUGCUUUGACAUUACCUGUCGGCGACGGUAAAAGAUUUGCCAAGUAUUAUGGACAAUUGGAAGUGGAAAAGGCUCAGCAGGGUGUAUGUGAGCAAGUUACAAAGUUCAUCACUACAAUGAUGGCUGAAAUGAAUGGGAAAAUAUAAAGGCUUAAUAUUUUUCUAAAAUGGAUUUUGGUGGGAAACAGAAAAUGCUGGACUUGGAUAGUUGGCGAAAAAAAAACAAAAAAAAACAUUGUCCCACAUAGCUGGAUGAGCACUUUGGAACUUUGGAGUCAUUGUUUGCGAAAAUGGCUUGCUCACUUGCUGUGAACAAACUAAUUAUAAUGCCAUAUGUGGAUAAAAGAACAAAUCGUUAAAGAAGAUGAAUAAAAAACAACAAAAAGGACGACAAGUGCCUUGUGAACACUUCAAUAUCUUGGAAAUCUAUGGGGAAAAAAAAUCCAUAUUUGUGUACAGAUGGUGCUAGCUUAAAAAAAACAUGCAUACGAACAAAAAAAGUUUAAAAAGUAAAAAGAAAAAGAAAACACUGCUUGUUAAAUUAUGUGUUUAAUCUCUUUGAUUCUGUCUCGGUAUUUGUAUUGUUAUACACUAGUCACAUUCAACAUGAACUGUUACGUGUGUUUUAUAUUAUUUUUUUGUAUUCUUGGACACACUGAGACCACAUAGAGUGUUUCAUAUUCAAUGAAAUAGCACAGCACGAUAUCUAGAAGAAUGAUUCUGGCAUUGGCUCAUUGAUUUUUCACAUCCCCUGCGGUUAUGUUGGCAUUUUCAGCAGUGUGACGCCUUGGGCUGGGCCACUCCAGCGUGUCACGGUUGAGAGGCGAGAAGAAUCCUCAGUCUGGCAGGACCAACAAGGAUCUUUAAUAUCGGUGAAAAAAUAAAGGUUUUUUGCUGCAUGCCAGCUUCUUGGACAUUUUUAAGUAAUUGGCUUCUGCAAACAAAAAGCUUCCCUAAAUAAUGUUUUUCGUCAAAUACAACUCGUUGAAUUUAGUCUGUUGCACUGCAUUCCAGAUCAGAUAGGUGCAUAUGUCUGUUCAUUGGCCUUCUCUCUAUGUGGUCUCAUUGUCAGUGUGCUGACACUUUGGUAUAAAUCUGUUUAUAUAUACAGUAUAUAUAUGGUGCUUGAGACAGUUUCAGCUCUUAACGUUUAUAGAUGAGUAUAUAGCCUGUUUCUGGUACUAACUAAAGACUUCAUACGCUUUUCCAUUCCUGCUUCACUCCUCUUCCCUGCCCCGACGCCCGCCAAAGCAAAGGGGAGCGACAUUCCUGCUGCCCUUUUGAGCUUUUGGCAAUGUAAUGAAUGAAGGAUAUUAUUUAUUUUUUACCUCAGGAGGCCUGUAUGACAGAGAUGCUUAUAUUCUAUAAUUUAUUUAGCCUGCAAAGCACUAUGCAUUAAAAUUGUACAGUAGCUAAAUUCAUGCCAUAUAUAUAUAUAUAUAUAAUAUACUUAUAUAUUUCACUUUUGUUUAUAUAUUACAUAGUUUUUGUUUUCUUUUUUGGCAUUUCUUUGUAAACACCUAUCGCCAAAUCAUGGGAGAUGAGAGAACACGCAAUUUCCAUGUUUAUUCAUGACAUAUUUCAUUACAACCCGUAACAUCCUUUGGCAUCUGUGGAUUGUUCAACUAAUACAUUGUGUGAUAUGCAGUACAACGUGAAAUGAAUAUCAUCCUUAAUGGAUUUAAUGUUCAAGAACAUGGUUGCGGAACUAAAACCUCGCCUCCAUUCACUAUCUCAUGUGAAUAGAAAGGAAAAACAAAAAAUAUGUAUGAGAGAAGAUAAAAGUUGUCAACAUAUUGCUUCAUGUUAAUACUGCGACAGUCGGCAUGAUUUCUUAUGCUAUGGGGAAAAACAGAGCCUGAAAAAGAGUUUGAUUGACAGACUGAUGUAAAUAAAGGACGUUUUGGAAGCUGCA